AAUGUCAGUGGUUAUUGAAUUUGUUAAAUGUCCAUUGGGAAACUUUAACGAAGAUGACGAUAAAAUAUGGAAAUCGUUUCUAUAUAUUAGGAAUCAAACGAAUGAACCAUAUUUACAAGGAAUUAUCAGUUUGAGAGGAUGCAACGCCAGGAAAUAUUUUGCAUUCGAGAUGAAAGUUUUAUUGGAAAACUUUGAUGCGAGGAUGAAAAGAACUCUUUGUCCUAAUUUCAUCGUACUACCUUAUAAGGAGAGUAGCCUUAAUAUGAUGUAUACUAAACCCACAACGAUUACAUUUGGUACAACAAGCAUAACAUUCCAGCAAAAAACAACUUCGGAAUCUGAUAGAAAAGGUUCUUGUCUAAUUGAAGACGUUGCAGAUUAUAGCGAUAUAUUUAAAACAAUCAAAGAAAUAACAAAGGACAAUAAAUCGACGGAACAAAAGCUUGUUUGCCACUUUAUAGACUUUAGUAGAACGGGUAUAGAAAUCUCUAGAGAAGAUCUCAACAAAAUCUGCAUUGGCUACGAUGAAGAAAAGUUAAUAAAUCUAACGGAUAAGAUCAAUAGAAUAUGCUUUAAGAUUUUCUUUAAGGAAAUACCUCAAUGGUUUCUACCAGAACACGAAAAUUAUAAUCAACCUCUUGCAGUUGCUCAUGCUCGAUCGAUGAUCCUAAUUAAAUUAGGUGUGUUAAGAAUGAAAGAUGUCUUUGCUCCAAAUUCAAAAUACGGAAUAUUUACAGGUGAAAAUUUAUGGAGAAAUUGGAAUAAGAAAUCAAAAUCAUUGAUAAAAUAUAACAAGGAUAAAGAAAGUAAAAGUUGUCUAGUUAUGGCAAAAAUGAAAAAGAUUAAUAAAAAGUAUAUUAAAAGAGUUUUAAAUGGUAAAAAGGACGAUAAACAACAACAAAUUCAAGAUAUGGAAAAAGUAUUUGGCGAAUAA